AUGGCAUCGCGCAGACACCUCGAAAAUCUCCCACAUCUUCUACCAAGGCUUGUAAAUCGCUCUGUUCGUUCACUAUCAGCCAUUCCGAAAUACCCGAAUUCGGUGACGCGAAAGUCAUCUACCCAAGUGGUGCCGAAGCCAGAUUAUGCGCAUACGACUCUUGAGCAUCCGCUUACGUGUCGAACAACUGCGUAUGGCUUGAUUGACCAGAAUGUAAAAGUUGAAGAGGAGGAAAUUCCCGGCUACGAGGCUUCGCGGUUUUAUCCAGUCCAAAUUGGAGAAGUCUUACAGGGCAGAUAUCAAGCGGUGACGAAGCUGGGCUAUGGGAGCUCAUCAACAAUAUGGCUCGCCAGAGACUUGCGGGACCGCAAAUAUGUCGCCCUCAAGAUCUAUGUACAUACCUCCCGGCAGCACCGGGAACUUCCCGUGUAUGAAAUAAUGUCACCAAUACUCGCGAAAUCCAAUCAUCCUGGGCGGAACAACAUCAGACACCUUUUGGACUCUUUCGAGAUCAGUGGUCCGGAUGGCCGCCAUAAAGUUUUAGUGAUGCAACCCGCUCAGAUGAGCCUCCGCGAUUCCAAGCAAGUCUUUAGACCAGACGGCGGGUUCGAUGAAAACUUUGUGAGAGGAGCCAUUCAGGAGCUACUCAAGGCCCUCGACUUUAUCCAUAAGGAAGCACAACUAGUACACACAGAUAUACACCCAGGAAAUCUGCUGCUCGGUCUAGACGAUGAUUCCCAGCUUGAACCGUUGGUAGAUAUGGAGCUCAAGUCACCCGUCCACCGGAAAAAUGUCGCAGAGGGCCGAACCAUAUACCCCUCACGUUUGAUGCGCCCAAAGCCAGGCCCCAUGCUGUUAUCAGAUUUUGGUGAAGCCAGGACUGGAACUGGACCUUUUGCAGGCGAUAUCAUGCCGAUCCAGUAUCGCGCGCCCGAGGUUAUCAUGUGCAUUGCCUGGAACCGCCCAGUGGAUAUCUGGAGCGUUGGUCUAACAGCUUGGGACCUUCUUGGUCCGACCCGAUUAUUCACAACGAAAGAUGAAGACGGAGACAUGUACGACGCAGCACACCUCGCAGAGCUUAUAGCGACACUUGGCCCACCACCCCAGGAAUUUCUGCAACGCAAUGUCGAGAGAGCAUCUGACUUCUGGGACGACCAAGGCAAGUGGCUUGGAUUGGCACCUAUUCCGAAAAGCCGUUCACUGGAAGAGCUUGAGACACGGCUCAAAGACAGCACGGGCUUCAUUGCAUUUCUGCGACGUGUUUUGACAUGGAUGCCUGAAGAUAGACCUACUGCGAAGGAAUUACUACAAGAUCCGUGA